AUGGGAUCGCUGUUAUUCUCUACCUGCAGAAGCUGUGUCCACUGGCUAGGGUUCCUGCUAGUUGAGCCUGUGAAAGCGCCCAUCCUCCUAACCAGCGACUGCACAGUCCCAGAGAAUAAUAAUGCCGUGGUCCUCAUCUGCCACACAAAUGCAGAUUCCAUUGAGUGGUUCUUCAAUGGCACGAAUCUGGGGCUCUCAGAGAAAAGGAAGCUAUCUGAGGACCACAGAAACCUCACCAUAGACCCCGUAGAGAGGGAAGAUUCUGGAUAUUACCAGUGUAAAGUCUCCAAUCCCAUCAGUUCUGCUGAAAUCUCACUGUUAACCUUCCGGUGCCUGCUGACAAAUGCCCAAUUCUCUGUUGUGUCAACCAAUGUUGCUGAAGGGAAAGAUGUACGUCUGAGUCUCCGCAAUACGCCUCCCAAUGUUACUGGCUACAGGUGGUUCAGAGGAGAAAGUGGAAUACCUCAUGAUCUAAUCGCAGGUUACUUCAUAUUGGAGAGAAAAUUUGUAAAAGGGCGUUUAUACGAUGGACGAAAGAUAGUAGACCUCGAUGGAUCCUUGCUGAUAAGGAAGGCCACCAGGGAAGACAAAGGAAUAUACACCGUAGUGGCCCACCUUCCAAAUUCAGUGCAACGAGUAGGAUUCGGAUGGCUUGAUGUAUUCGAGCCUGUGAAAGCGCCCAUCCUCCUAACCAGCGACUGCACAGUCCCAGAGAAUAAUAAUGCCGUGGUCCUCAUCUGCCACACAAAUGCAGAUUCCAUUGAGUGGUUCUUCAAUGGCACGAAUCUGGGGCUCUCAGAGAAAAGGAAGCUAUCUGAGGACCACAGAAACCUCACCAUAGACCCCGUAGAGAGGGAAGAUUCUGGAUAUUACCAGUGUAAAGUCUCCAAUCCCAUCAGUUCCGCUGAAAUCUCACUGUUAACCUUCCGGUGCCUGCUGACAAAUGCCCAAUUCUCUGUUGUGUCAACCAAUGUUGCUGAAGGGAAAGAUGUACGUCUGAGUCUCCGCAAUACGCCUCCCAAUGUUACUGGCUACAGGUGGUUCAGAGGAGAAAGUGGAAUACCUCAUGAUCUAAUCGCAGGUUACUUCAUAUUGGAGAGAAAAUUUGUAAAAGGGCGUUUAUACGAUAGACGAAAGAUAGUAGACCUCGAUGGAUCCUUGCUGAUAAGGAAGGCCACCAGGGAAGACAAAGGAAUAUACACCGUAGUGGCCCACCUUCCAAAUUCAGUGCAACGAGUAGGAUUCGGAUGGCUUGAUGUAUUCGAGCCUGUGAAAGCGCCCAUCCUCCUAACCAGCGACUGCACAGUCCCAGAGAAUAAUAAUGCCGUGGUCCUCAUCUGCCACACAAAUGCAGAUUCCAUUGAGUGGUUCUUCAAUGGCACAAAUCUGGGGCUCUCAGAGAAAAGGAAGCUAUCUGAGGACCACAGAAACCUCACCAUAGACCCCGUAGAGAGAGAAGAUUCUGGAUAUUAUCAGUGUAAAGUCUCCAAUCCCAUCAGUUCCGCUGAAAGUUGGCUCCUUGAGCUGCAUAUCCAAGAUGAGUGA